AUGGCGGGCGGCGAGAUCGGGCUCGAAUCGGCGGCGCUGGUGGCUAACCGAUCAGGAAAGGGAGAGGGAUGGGGAGAGGCGGCUCGUUCCGCGGAGAAAGGGCAGGGCAAUGUGCAGAAUCUGACCCUGGACGUCGUGCUGGUUGCCGAUUCCGACAUCUCUGUGCGCUCUGCCUCGCUCCGGUGCCUGAGGUUCUGUGUCCUCAACACCCGCCGGCUCGACAUCACCGCUCCUAAGCUCGAAAUUCUAGGCGCAUCCAACGUCGCCGACGCCCACAUUGCUGCGCCGAACCUAGUCGAGGUUGACUUCAGCAACAUUCUAGGCCAGGUUGUUGUGGCGGAUGCCGGGCGCCAUCUCCGGCUGCUAGAUGUCACAUGGUGCUCCACGAUGGUGGCCUCGUCGCUGAUGAGGCGUUUUGACUCGGUCAUCAAUUUGCGACUUCGAAACCCCAAUGACGACGACUACAGGACAUUCUUGGACUGCACCAAGAUUCUUCCCAAGUGUGAGAUCUUGAGUGUAUCAUCCACGGUGGUUCGUAACCAUGCCUUUGAACCAAGCUUGCUGCAUCUCCUGAGGAGAGCGAACGGUAUAAGGAGGCUGAUUCUAUUUUUCUUAUAUCCCUCGAUGAAUCCUCGUUGCUCUUUGGAUUGUCCAUGUCGCUUACCAGAGAGUCCCACCAGUAAUAAAAUCAUCCUGGAUUCACUUGAAGACAUACAGAUACUUACGGCCGGAGGAUCAGCAGAUAGAGCCGAUAAAUUUGUGGAGUUGCUGAACCAGCUGCUAUCAACUAUAUGGAGCACAACAAAACUAACCAAGCUUAAAAGUGUGGAAAUGAAUUUGUGGUUUCAUGGCUCUCCCCUAAGUGACGACCUAUGCAAGAAGAUCUGUGGGAUGUGUCCUCCCAAUAUCAGAAUAAAAUCAAAUGUGUUUCCCGAGGGCUUCAUGCAGCAUUAGAAACUAUUCCUGUAGGAGCCCUAUGCAUGUGAGCUUGGACAAUGUUCGGAACAUAAUUCAUGUGUAGGUUAUUGAGAGAGUCGUGGCAUGUCAUAGAUUUAUGUUUUUGGUCGGUUAAUGGUUUUUUUCUUUAAAUAGUUCGAAUGCGUAUUGUUUGUCUUAUAUAUUUUGCA